AGACGAAUGGCGGUGAAGGAGGAAGAGGUCCCCCGAGCAGAAGACACUGGCCCGUGGCCGCCAUUUUUCUUCUGACGUUAGUGACGUUCAGUGACGUUGCUGUAACUGUAGCUGGCAGCUGGCAGCUGCUGCGGCUCGCGUUGUACAUACUAUUCGCCGCGGUGAUCACUGUGAUCAGUGUAUCUCUGUAUCUCUCUCUCUCUCCCCUUCUCUUUUUCGUCCGAGGGUGAAUCGACGGCGACGGUAACGAGGAGAAGGAGAGGAAGAGGAAAAAGUAGAAGGAGGUGGAGGAGAGAGCGACAACGACGACGGGGCGGCGACGACGGCGACGGCGACGGCGGCGACGGCAUCCGGACGGUCUCCGUGUGUAGUGCGCAUUAAGAUAAGAGCCGAGUGCGGAGAUAACGAUAAGACGGACGAUCGAACGUCAGUGAUAGAUCGUGACUGCUCUAUCAUCAUCGGCAACGGCAACGACAGCGGCGGCAACGUCAGCGGCCGAGGCAGAGGAGGAAGAGGAGGAGGAAGAAGAAGAAGAGGAAGAGGUGUGGAGGUGGAGCAACAGCAGCAGCAGCAGUAGCAGCAGCAGCAGCGGUGUGACGGAUACUCUCGAGAUCCGAUCGGAUCAGUCGCGCACGAUUGGAGCGAAAGGGAAAUUCGUCUCGCGGUUUGCGGUUAACGGACCGUCCGAGGAUAUCGACGAGGUGACGACCGCGGUGGGGAAUCGCAGCGGCAACGACGACGACGACGACGACGACGACCACGGGGAGGAGGAGGAGGAGGAGGACAAGGACGACGGGGACGACGGAACGUUAUACUCGUGUACGACGGCCCAUCGGCGCGACGGGCAUCAGCGAACUCGGAGCAGUCGGAGCGCACCGUGAGAGCGCGUCGCCAGGCAUCGCUCGUCCAGGUGCCGCGUAGGUCCCUCUCUCGCCUCGCACGACGACGACGAGGAGGAGGAGGAGGCGGGGCAUCGUGCUCGUCGCUGGUAAUCGUAUUGUCGUGCACGGUGCACACGGUCACGCGCCACCGCGUACGUCGGCAGCAGCGCCACCAGGAUGGAGAGGCGAGCCGCUUUUGUGCUGCUGGGGAUGCUAUAUUUAGCGGUGGGCACCCUCGUCACGGUCCAGGCAGCAGUGACGUACACGGGACCGACGGUUGCUCCGCGCGAGGGACAACCUUGGGACAUCGUGUGCAACGAUUUGAAGGAUGAUGAUCUCAUUAGGUGGACCAGAGAUGGCAAUACGCUGGAACCUGAGUUGUCCAGCGGUCAGCUGGUCGUCUACUCAAAGCAGGGUACCGGCAGCAGCAAGCUCUCGGCGGCCCAAGCGACCGAGAACCACGAGGGAGUGUACAGAUGCACCCCCGACAGUCCGAACGCUUAUCACCUCUCGUUAUACUUCGAUAUUAAGAUUAGAGUUAUUACGGCCAAAGAUGUACCUCUGGUGCUCGAAUGCGCAAACAGAAGCACUGGCGAUAAAGUGCAGUGGCUGAAGGAGAAGAUACCGUUGAGCACAGCGUUGGCUGGCGAAGAUAUCACCAAGAUUGAUAACGAGACUGGCAGCCUGCAGAUUUUACAGGAUAAAGAAGUAGUUUAUGGAAAUUACACUUGUAAAGCAGCUAACGCCACGAUCGAGUACAGAGUCGUACCGAGGCCAACGGCGCAUCUGGCUGAAUCUACCAGCGUGGUGGAGGGCGAGAAACUGCACUUAGUGUGUGGCGGUAAACUGAGCGUUCUUAGUCCUGGCGUAAAAAUAAGUUGGACUUUCGGGAAUCAGAAUUAUACGAGCAGCAAGGGUCGCGUGAAGAUCACCAAGGAUAUGGAGAAGGGUAUCCACGGCGCCGUCCUGGUUGUCGAAAACAUCGAGAUGGACGAUCGCGGUGACGUUAUCUGCAGGAUGUCGUACAACUGGUCUGAUACCGUACCAGAACACUAUUCGGAGGCCAAGACAUUCCUCAGGGUGAAGGAUAAGCUCGCCGCACUCUGGCCCUUCCUAGGCAUUUGCGCGGAGGUUGUUGUUCUAUGCGCCAUCAUUCUAGUUUAUGAGAAGAAGCGGAACAAAGCUGAACUUGAGGAGUCCGAUACCGAUCAAAGCCCUGAUACUAAACCGACACCCAACAAGGAAUCCGACGUCAGGCAGAGGAAGUGAAACAACAAGUAAAUGAAUUAGAGCGAUGCGAUAGAAGCGGGAGAACGAGUCGUCAUGUAUAGUGCUGUAAUGGAAACAUGUAAAGACAACGGAACAACGGCUUUUGAAUGAAAGAGAUGUGUCGUCACAAACGUGGAAUAAACACUGCAAAAUGGACAGCAGCGGGCUUGAGUGGGCCAUUCAUAGUGCGCUCCUGUGUGAAAACAGGCUUGUGCAGCAGACGCGUACAGAGCAGGAUCAUACAAGUUACUAACAAAUUAAAUUAAGCCUUAUUACGGUGUUCACUCCGUUUAUCAGAUGUUUGCCUGUUCGUAUUCUUUAACUACACCGCUUUGACCGAUGAAGAGAGAGAUGUGUUGAAUUAUGUACAAGUGCCGAUGAUGACACGAAUGCGUGCCAGGGAAUAAAAGGUGUGUGUGUGUAUGUGUGCAUGUAUGUCAGUGUGAGAAAGAGAGAAAGAGAGAGAGAGAGGGGGGGGUAAGAGAAAGAAAAAUAAUGCAUGUAUGAGUGACAAGCUAACAAGUAAACAGACCGAUAGAAAAAAAGCAGAGAUAAAAUGGCAUUCCCGCCGAGCGCGAGUACGUGCGCGAUUACGUAUAAUUUCUUACAAAACGCUUCGUGAUGCGUUCUGACAAACACCGUAGUUUAAUCGCGCGUUUACUCGUCACACACAUCGUCGUAUUGUCCUGCGCGGCAUUUGCAUUCGCGUUCGUCGGGCAUGCCAUAUAUUAGAUUCGCGUAGAAUUCGUUUCUCAAACUUCGCCGGCACGUGUGACCGAAGAAACAAAAAACAACUUUAUGGUAGAGCCGAACAUAUGUGCUCGAUGCUAGUUAUGUAAUAAUAGGAACGCGGGCAGUGCGUGCCACAAUUGACUUCCGGAUAUAUGCUCGCGUACUUUUAGAGAUCGCAAGAGAGAGAAAGAGAGAUUGAGAGAAAGAAAGAGAGUGAGAGAGGGAGAGAGAGCUUGUCUUUGGCGUCGCCUUAUAUUCCAUCGCUCGUGAAGAUAUCCCGGAAGUCUAGCUGCACGCGACGCCGUUGUUAAUGACAUUAAUGUAAUUAAUACUGUAAUAUUAUUGCCAUCGUUACUACUGCUGCUACAUCUAUCGUUAUUAUGAUUAUUACAAGUAUUAUAUCGUUAAUUUUAUCA